AUGGCAAAACUCACUGAUGAUGCCGGCGAAAAAUUUGAGAAUCACCAGGUCGCUCUAGUUUACGAAUUCGUUUCUAAAGCAAUUGCAUCUGAUCUCCGACCUUCCAAUCACUUGAUCCCAGGAGCGCUUCAUAAAGUAUAUCAUGGCAUUCUUGUUGGUAACAGUGUGCGUCGUGAGCUGCUUGCUUUUUACAAUCUUUCUCGUCGCGAAUAUCUCGGCAACACUACAAUGGACGUACGUCUUGCUGGACUCAUGGCUAAUUGUGGUCUAUGCCGCCCAGGCAGCCUUGUAUGGGAUCCAUUUCUCGGAGCUGGAGGCCUGGCCUUGGCCGCAUCAGCCUCUGGAGCUUUGGCCGGAGGUUGCGAUAUUGACUACUCUCUUGUUCAUGGCCUAGGUAUGUCUCCAAAGGCUGGAAAGGUAAGUAUGUCUCUUACCAGCAUUCAAUUUUUCGUCUUGUUUUUAUUUUACAUUACCUUACAUUUUUAUCUACACUUUGUCCUAAUCGUUUAUAUUUUAAUUCAAAAAAUCCCCACAGCUACAAGAAUGGUUUAA